AAAACCACCCCUUCGAUUUCAUUCCCUCACCUCCCUCCUUGAACACAAACAAACAAUUUUGCAGAGAGAGAGAGAGAGAAAUCUCAGUUGAUUUCAAUCUCUCCCUCUAUUAUCCAUUUCCAUAGUCGCCUGCUGUAACAACACAUCAUCUUUGAGUUCCUGCAUUGCCUUUGAUCCUACUCGUUUACCCUUAAACUCACACUAUCUGAAUAUUUACUUGGAUAAUUAAUCUAAGAAAAGAAGAAAUAUGGUGCUCUGGGUUUUCGGGUAUGGGUCAUUGGUGUGGAACCCUGGAUUUGAAUAUGAUGACAAAGUGAUUGGCUUCGUCAAGGAAUACAGGCGCGUAUUUGAUCUUGCCUGCAUUGAUCACAGAGGCACGCCUCAGCACCCUGCUAGAACAUGUACAUUGGAGAAAAAACAAGGAUCUCUCUGCUGGGGUGCUGCCUAUUGUGUUCGCGGAGGGCCAGAGAAAGAGAAGGCAGCAAUGGCGUAUCUGGAGAAAAGAGAAUGUGAGUAUGAUGAGAAAACAUUGGUAGAUUUCUACAAGGAAGGUGAAUCUGAGGUGCCCUUGCUCACUGGAGUCAUAGUGUUCACUUCCACUCCGGAUAGGAUAUCAAAUAAGUACUAUUUAGGGCCUGCUCCUUUGGAGGAGAUGGCAAGGCAGAUCGCGACGGCCUUUGGACCUUGCGGGAACAACAGGGACUACCUCUUCUCCUUGGAGAAGGCCAUGUUUGACAUUGGUCAUGAAGACGACUAUGUGAUCAAGCUAGCGAAUGAAGUGAGGAAGGUGCUGGGAAUAGUGAGUGUCGUGGCGAAGGAGAAGAAGUUGUCCGCUCCAUCCCUUGUUCCUCUAAAGUCGAGCUUGUCGCCUCUGAAACUAGCACCGUUGCCUGAGGCCAUCGCCAUGGAUUCUUGAAAGCUGCUUACAACUUAACACAGGUAACAGUUGAAAGUUGAAGCUUUGUUUUCUGUAACAAAGUUGCUUUCUGCUGAUUUAGGUAAGACUCUUUUUUUAUCUUCAGAUUUUCAACAGAAUAAAGCUAAUAGAGUAUUGAGGCAAAAGGAUCCUUGUUUUGCCUAGAAUUUAUGUUAUUUCCAUCACCAAAUAAUCAAAUGAAAUUCCACUUUUUUGUUCA